AUGCGUUACACCACUCUCACCGUUCUCGCUAUUGCCCUUCUCACGGGUAAUGCCUUGACUGGUAAGUACUCUCACGGACAUCGUAUAGAGUCACCUCCUCCUCCCAAGCCCAACAACCGCAGAGCCGUGAACCCUCAGGCUGCUCCUCCCCCUCCUCCCAAGGACAACACGCCUCCCCCUCCUAAGCCCAACGGUGCCAGAGCUAUCAACCCGAACCAGCAGCCCCCUCCCCCUCCCGCCAACGACAACACUCCCCCUCCUCCUAAGCCCAACAACCGCCGGGCGGUGAACCCCAACCAACAGGCCCAGGCUCCUCCUCCUCCUCCCGCCAACGACAACACUCCUCCUCCCCCCAAGCCCAACGGAGCGAGAGCAAUCAACCCCAACCAACAGCCUCCCCCUCCCCCGGCCAACAACGAGCAGCCUCCUCCCAAGCCCAACAACCGCAGAGCGGUCAACCCUCAGGCCGCUCCUCCUCCUCCGCCCAAGGACAACAACACCCCUCCUCCUCCUAAGCCGAAUAACGCCAGAGCCGUCAACCCCAAUGCGCAGGCGCCCCCUCCUCCUCCCGCGGAGAACCAGCAGGCUCCUCCUCCCAAGCCUAACAACGCCGCUAGGGCCGUGAACCCGAACCAGCAGGCUCAGGCUCCUCCUCCUCCCCCGGCUAAUGACAACACCCCUCCUCCUCCCAAGCCCAACGGCGCUCGGGCUGUCGACCCCAACCAGAGACCCCCUCCUCCUCCUCCUGCCACUAACCAGCAGGCUCCUCCUCCUGCUAUCUAA